AGCAGGUUACAAUCUCUUCUCCGUAACAACAUGGAGUCUUAAAAAUACAAACUAAGUUCGAUCUGUAAAAGUUUUAAGAGAAAAAGACCUAUUGCUUUAUUUGUUUUCAACUAGUACACCCCGAAAGAACUGAAGGCACUGGAAAAUGCUGGAGAACUACAUCCCCCAGCGUAUGGGACCGAGCACACUGUCAGACGUGUGCAUGUUUUUCUUCAAACUCGCCUGGCAAUCCAGAAUACGCCUCCCAGUCAUCCUCACUGUGGUUUUUAUGAUCCUCGACACUCGUCUGCAGCUCGAGAUCAACAUCAACAUCAACUAAACUUGCUUAAACAUCAGUGCAAUAUUUCAUAUAACUGGACUACAACAGAUUCAUCUGUGACCAAAGUAGAAUUUUGUAAAAGUUUGGUCUAAAGCUUAAAGACCAGCUUUUGGUAUAAAGUUCUUGUUUGAAACAAGUCCCUAUUGCUUCCACGGUUAUCCAUGCCAACUCCCAAAUUAUUGGCAUCUCUGUUGCUCAUGUAUUCUUACAAAUGUAUUCUAUCAAAGUCCUUGAUAUUUUUCUUUUGGUUGGCUUGGAAUGUGAGAUUUGAAUUUCCCUGCUCUGUCAUUUUUGCUACAUUUACUAUGAUUAUUGGGAGUUAUUUGAAUUGACCAGGAAAAGUCCACAGACAAGCAAAAUGUAGCUGUUAAAAAUAACUAGAUAUUCAAUACAUUCCGUCCAUAUUAUUAUAUAAUUAUAUAGCAGAUAGCAUAUAUUAGCAGUGAAUUACCUAAAGCUUUGUAAAUAUAAGCAUAGAUUGUAUCAUUAAUCAACAUGAGUCGAGGUAUUAAAGAUUUACGGGAACUGAUUUGUGUCUCUCGCCUAACGGUGAGACACAGCGACGAUGAAAUGGAUUUCAGUGACGAAGAUGGCAGACUGUCCACGGCAUUUGAUGCUUUGUCACUGGGCAGCGGCAGUGUGAGCAGUAGCAGAGAGAGCUCCGCCACAUCUGAGAGACGCGCAAGCUCUGGAACAGUCAGUCCUGACUCUGGCUUCAACACAAAUGGUUUAUCCCCAGAAAUGGGCACAAAAGGGAUCGGAGAGAAUGCCCCGGGACAUUACAGCAGUAGUCACACCAGUGGAGGUGCAAGACCUAAAUCUAGGAAGAAGAAGAAAAAGAAGACAAAGGCCCUGGAUACUUUACCCAGCAGACACGAACUUCCUAAGGCACAGCCUCUUCCACCUGUCAGUGCUAAAAGAGAAACAAACACAGAACCAGGCUCAGUUGGUAAUGUUAGUGAUGAGGAUAUGGAAAUAGAUGAAGAGUCUACAGAAAUAAAUGGGGCUAGGAAUAAAGACCCCCAGCCAGUUAACUUUGAUGGGAUGCUGGUGUUCAUGGAUGCAACCGUGGUGGCCGAUUGGCUGCAUCGCUCAAAUGAGGCCGUCACAGAACUAACAAAUUGGGUCCACAAGGGAGAAAACUUUGUCCAGUUUGCUCACUUCUGGCUGACAGAUUUUGAUCCUCUUCAGCGCCAGAGAAUUAUGGACAUGGAGUAUGGGGUGUUGCUGGAUGAACUGACUGUGGCGUUUGCUGCCGGGAAGAAGAACAGGAAGCUCCGUCACUCUGACAUAGUGCAGCUCCUUGAGGGAAUUUUCAGAGAGUAUCCCAAGAAGCUAAUGAGUUCCAAAGGACCUCACAUGUUUCUCGACCAUUUAGAUGUGCUGACUUCUGAGAGACGGGGCGACUAUAAAGUGCUUCUUGCUGAUGUAAAAUGUUCAACCAAAAAUAAGCAGUUUGCUCAGUGGUUGCUGGCUACAAGGGCAUUCUGCUUGGUGAAUGUCUGGUCUGCCAUUGUGUUGUUCUACAGGACACUGCAGGGUAGGAAUGUUAGCCUUCCAUUGCCUCCAAACCUUGUCAAACCAAAGGGAGAUGUGCAUGAAAGGCGCAUGUACCAGGCAAUAAGGCAUGGCUUCCUAGAUGUCGUUCACUACCACAUCAGGUCUAAGAAGGUGAACCCCCACUACAGGGACGAGCAUGACCGCACCUGGCUUUUUAUUUCUGUGAUAUGUAACAAACCCAAGAUUCUACAAUACUUUAUAACUAAGGUCAAGCUUGACCCCAACCUCCCAUGUGAUACUGGCAACACCCCAUUGCAUGCUGCAGCCAACUGUGGCAAUGUGGACCUGGUGGACCUACUGCUGAGAGUGCCCACUGUGGAGGUCAACCCCGUCAACAUUCAGUGUGAUCAGUCCACCCCACUGCAUCUGGCUGUGAUGCACGGGCACUUCAGGGUGGUGGAGAGACUGCUGGAGGCCGGGGCAGACAGGAAGGCCAGUAUGGGAGGACUGACCCCACUGGACAUUGCCACAGAUUUUGGACACGAUGCCAUAGUGAGAUUACUGAAAUCAACAUAACACAUGGCACCAUGAGACGUAAUCAUUAAAAUCAAUCACAUUCACAGUGGCCUAAAUUGAUCAGAAUGACAGUGCUGCCAGCCAGACUAUGAGCAUAAGGGCAUAGUGAAUAAGGACAGUGGAAUAAAUGAACAAAUUUGCUCAAAAAGAUGACACACUUUGAAGGUAUUGUGUUAAACGAUAGGGACAAAACGAUGCGAGACGGUUCUAAUUACAUCAAAACUAGUACAGCAAAAUAAGGUGAAACUGCUUAGAUUAAAUCUGUGUCUUGACUUCUUGUGCCUCUCACCACGUUGUCGCACAGGGCAUCAGAAAGAUGCGUGGCUUUUUAUAGUUAUUAUCUCACGAUGUGCUGACAUGCAGAAAGCUAUGAGCAAAGUACAAUUUUUAAUGUGAAAUGCAAGGUAAACCCGAUCAGAGGUGGAGUCAUUCAAAUUGGAGUACAUUUUCACUCGUACUUUUAAAUAAUUUUACCCCGAGUUUCUCAUUUGCUGCCUGUUGGCUUCUUCGUUUUCAAAUCUCAUUGUAUAUGUCCGCUUUAAUGACCUGGAGAUGUGAAAAUGAGGGUGCUACAGAGCACGCGAGAUCUGAACCCCAGGGUAGUUACUGCAUGCACUCGGGAACUCCGUGAUGGCAGAGAAAGGAGUAAAGUUCACUAAGGAUGGGUGAGACGUUUUCACUGAAGUUUGAGCAUAAACGUCUGCCUUAAAUGAGGUGUAGCGUCUGAGGCGGUGCGGAGGAAGGCCGCCGUAACCCUACAGGUUGACUAGUCAGACGACACUGGUUUUCCGUAAUGAUGAUACCGCCCGGGAAUUCUUGGAAGUCCUUAAAUAGAAUGUGCUUUAGUACGUGGAACAACGGUUAGGCCAUGAUGUGUUAAUUUUUUCUCUUUUUUUUUAUAAGUCUCACACACUCUCACACACACACACACACACACGCACAUAUGCAACAUAUGAAAAGUUUUCCAGGAUUUUCGAAUACUUUGAUCUCAACAUUAAAAUCCAAAAUACGGUUUUGUUCUUUCUUGAAAGCUGUCGUUAUUGGGAUUUGAGUGAUUUGUGGAUUAGCUCUAAAAUUAAAUGCUAUAAAUUGUGGCUAUUUUAAAGACAUGAGCGUUGUACGUACAGUGUGUGAAGUUUUAUGACAUUGAUAGCUUUUUUUUCAAACUUGUGUUGUUUUUGCUCCAAUGCAGUAAGAACUCAAUUUGGGAGUUGGCCAACACAAGGAGCACCCAAACAGUUAUUAUUUUGUCUACAUGUUCCGUUUGCGUAGAGGAUUGUUUAUCUUUUGCUGAUUUAUGCUGUAUAUUAUAUUUCAGAAUAAACGGAUGAUUUUAA